GGACAGAUGGUGUUUGUGUUGCUUGGGUUGACACAUGGAAGAGAUUAAUCAGCUCAGCAAAUCCCCACUGCACCAUGAUAUUUAUAGCUCCCCACCCCAGCUGGGGCCUAUGCAGCUCACCCUGCAGCCCUGGGAGAGCCUGAGCACCUCUGGGGUCCCGGGGGCUGCAGCGCGGGCUGUGAGCCCCGGGGUCCAACCACCACAUGUUGCUCCUCUCCCUCCAGUGAACAUCCUGACCGCUGUGGCCCUGUCCCGCCUGGCCACAAGGACCAAGAAGUCAUCAUACUGGUACCUCCUUGCCCUGACCACCUCUGACAUCCUCACUCAGGUCUUCAUCAUCUUUGUGGGCUUCAUCCUGCAGACAGCCAUCCUGGCCCGGGCGGUGCCCAGCACCUUCAUCCACACCGUCAAUGUGCGGGAGUUCACAGCUAACCACACUUCCAUCUGGGUCACCGUCCUGCUGACCAUGGACCGCUACAUGGCCCUCUGCCACCCACUGCGGUACCAUACUGUCUCCUACCCGCAGCGUACCCGCAAGAUCAUUGCAGCCGUCUUUGCUGUCGCUCUGGCCACGGGCAUCCCCUUCUACUGGUGGCUGGAUGCCUGGCGUGAUGCCGAUCCCCCAGCCACCCUGGACAUGGUGCUCAAGUGGGUGCAUUGUGUCACCAUCUACUUCUUGCCCUGCAGCAUCUUCCUGGCCACGAACUCCAUCAUCAUCUGCAAGCUGAAGCAGCGGAGGCACUUUGGGGGUGGCCAGCCCCACCUGAGCAAGACCACAGCCCUCCUCCUGGCUGUCACCGCCAUGUUCAUUGUGCUCUGGACUCCCCGGACCGUUGUCAUGAUCUGCCACCUCUACGUGGCCUCGGUCAAGAGGGAGUGGUGCAUGCACCUGGCCUUGGACAUCGCCAACAUGGUGGCCAUGCUCAACACAACCGUCAACUUCUUCCUCUACUGCUUUGUCAGCCAGACCUUCCGCCGCAUGGUGGGCGAGGUGCUCCGGACCCACCUCCAGCACAGCCCCCAGCACGGCAGCAGUCACUUCCCACCCCCAGCCCUGAAACCACUGGAGCUGCUGCCUGGCACUGCCCUCUGAGCCUGGGCUGCCAUUAGCUGGGGCGGUGCUCAGCCGGGGUUCCCGGUGC